AUGUCACAGGCCAGUAACAAUACCCUUGCUGCUCCGACAGUCCCGGAUCUAACGUUUGGAAUAGAGCUCGAGUUCGUGCUCAUAGGCAAAUGCUCCGAGAUCGAGCAACACCUCGGCGAUGAACUCGGAAGCUGGGAGACGGCGAACAUCGCCCUGGUAUACGAGGCGCUCGUUUCGAACGGCAUCCCCGUCCGUGAUGUCGAGGAAGACAUCGGAGACGGCUUCUUCAACGACGCCUUUGGCGACGACCAGCCGUCAGCAGCGGAGAAGUUCCAAAAGUGGAACCUCGCAGUAGACUGCUCGGUUCGGCUCACCGAGGCCGAGGAGAAGCUCCUCCCCCCCGACUACCACGCCGGCAGCGUCGAGCUGAAAAGCCCCAUAUACUCGCUCCGGCAACGGUACUCGUGGCACACGGAAAUCAGCCACGUCCUCUCCACCCUGCACCGUACCCUCAACUCCCCCUCCCCCACCACCGGCCCCUGCCCCUCCACCCGCCUCCUCACCAACGAAACCUGCGCCCUCCACAUCCACGUCGGCAAAUCCCCCGACGCCUCCCGCGUCUUCACCCUCCGCACCCUCCAGAACCUCCUCCAGCUCGGCACAGCCUUCGAGCGCCUAAUCGACGAGCUCCACUCCGCCGACCGCAUCAAAAACAUCCCACCCCCCAACACCACCUCCACCUCCACCUCCCCCUCCCCCUCCCCCUCCGACCAAGGCGACGGCCUCUCCUUCUUCGCUCCCCCCUCCGCCACCUUCCGCCACCACCCGGACCCGCGCCUCGCCCACGGCUCCGCCCUCGACUGGUGCGCCGCCAUCGACGCCGCCGGCGACCCCCCCUCCCCUUCCCCUUCCCCCGUCCCCACGCAACCCGACAUGCCCACCGACAUGCCCAUCGACAGCACCGACACCGACAUGCCCACCCUCGCCCACCGCCGCCUCACCAACAGCAGCCGCUACGUCACCUACAACCUCGCCAACGCCAUCCACCCCGGCAUCGGCGCGCCGUUUGCGGGGGAAGUCGGCGGGAGCACCAGCACCGCGUUUUUCUCCGACAACGACGACAGCGCGGACUCGGACGACCGCCGCCGCAGUUUCUACUGGACGGUGGAGUUCCGGCAGCAUCGGGGGACGCUGGAGGCGGGGGCGGUGUUUGCGUGGGUGGACGUGGUGACGCGGAUGGUGGGGGUGGCGGAGGGGUGGGCGGAUGCGGAUGCGGAGGGGGAGGGGGAUCGGGAGGAGGGGGAAGGGAAGCGGGCGCGGACGCCGCUGUGGGGGUUGUUGGCGGAGAGGUGGGCGGACGUGGGGUUUACGGCGGGGAGGUGGUUGGGGGAGGUGUUGGGGGUGGAGGGGGGGACGAUGGGGUUUUAUGAGGGGGUGUGGGGGAGGAGGGAGUGUGAUGGGGAUGAGGACGAGGGAGGUGCGCUGGGGGUGGAUGCUUUGGUGCGGCGGAAUGAGGUUGAUGCCGCGAGGGUGCGGGGGAGGCGGGCGGUGUUGAGGGCGGUGUUGGAGAAGCUGUUGGCGGGUGGGCAUGGGGCGUUUAGCCGGGGGGUCUUGGAGGAGCUGAGAGGUGAUUUGGAGGCGAGGUUGGCUGUGCUUUGA